AGAGAGGGCACAGAGGAGGUGGACAGCGCCCCUGGAGCCCCACAGGAGCGGAGCAGCGUGCUCGACAGCCAUGCCUACAUCGCUGAGGUCAAAGAGCUACAGAGGAGGCUGGAUGAGGAGACGCAGCAGCGAGUGGCUGCUGAGGAGCAGCUGAUGGCUGAACAGGAUCGACUCAGACUCAGCCACAGCCAGUCUAAAUGGCACUCUGCACAUGAAGAGGAGACUGCUGUUUUCAUCGAGCCGUCGGAAGGAGCUGUCACUCGAUCUCGGAGAGGUGGCCCGGGUUUAAUGCGGAUGCUCCGGGUGGCUUUCUGUUCCCGUCAGCGCACCCCUCUGCUGCUCGGCCUCUAUCUGCUCACUGUGCACGUCCUGCUGCUGAUGUGUCUGGGCGGGUACCUCUGAAACCAGCUCCCUUCACAGAUAUGAAGAAUGGACACUGACCUUAGCCAAGCCAACCAUAUGUUUGACAUUGUUACAUGUACAAAUCAUAGAGGAUACAAACAUUGCACUUUACAUGGCUUAAUCUUUUAGCCAAAGUAUGUAGAUUUUUAAGAAAUAGUCAAUUAAAUUAAUCUGAUUUGCUCUUUUAAGGCUUUGAGGGUAUAUUAUAAUAUUUUCCAAAAACCCAGAUAGACAGAACAUGAAGGGACAAGGUUUGUUUUCUCUCUAAGAAUUUAAAAGUAGAUUCAUAAUCAAGUAUUGAGGAAGAUGGUGUUGUUUAUGUGCCUUUAUGGAUUUGGAUAUAAAAGGGUCACUUUAGGCAAGGGAAAAAGGUGGGACAUUUUAUGGACUGUAGUUUACAUGUCAUGGAAAUCGCUCAUCGAGGCUUGACACAGUCAGAGGGGAAGUUCUGGCUCAGGUUACAAAAUUGACUAAAAGUAACACUUAAGACCAGUUAUCAAGAAAUAGUAUUUUACCCCUUUUUAAUUUUGCUCGUAAACUAAAGGAAAAAA